ACUGCACCCAGAGCAAUUGAAAGCAGAGCAAAGCAAAACUAAGAAGAAGAAGAAGAAGAGAAUUUUCAGGUCUUGAAGUUUAAAAAUUCAAAACUCCAAAAAUGCCGAUUUCCAGAAUUGCGAUCGGAUCAGUCGGCGAAGCAAGCCACCCCGACACCCUGAAAGCAGUUCUAGCAGAAUUCAUAUCAAUGCUGAUCUUCGUCUUCGCUGGCCAAGGCUCUGGAAUGGCAUUUAAUAAGCUCACCAGUGAUGGAUCAACCACACCAGCUGGCCUAGUCGCCGCAUCGUUGGCACAUGCUUUUGGGCUGUUUGUCGCGGUUUCUGUUGGAGCGAACAUUUCCGGGGGGCAUGUGAACCCGGCAGUGACGUUUGGCGCGUUCUUGGGUGGGAACAUAACCUUGUUCAGGGGAAUUCUGUAUUGGAUUGCUCAAUUGCUUGGGUCUAUCGUCGCUUGCGCUCUUCUUAAGUUCUCCACCGGUGGAUUGCAAACUGCAGCCUUCUCCCUAUCAACCGACGUGACAGCGUGGAAUGCUCUGGUGUUCGAGAUCGUGAUGACCUUCGGUCUCGUCUACACCGUCUAUGCCACCGCUGUGGACCCGAAGAAGGGAAGCCUAGGAACCAUAGCACCCAUCGCGAUCGGUUUCAUCGUGGGUGCGAACAUCUUAGCCGGAGGUGCCUUUGAUGGUGCGUCGAUGAACCCCGCCGUCUCAUUCGGCCCUGCAGUGGUCAGUUGGACAUGGACCCACCAGUGGGUCUAUUGGGUUGGCCCAUUGAUCGGUGCCGGCAUUGCCGCUAUUGUCUAUGACACCAUCUUCAUUGGCCAAAGCACCCAUGAACAGCUUCCCACCACAGAUUACUAGAAAUGAUGAUCUUCUCUUCUGGUCAUGGAAUAUAUUGUUUUAAGUGAUGUGUUUGGGUGCUUUUGUUUCUGUUCUCUCAUAUUCUCUUAGAGAAUGGAAGUGUUUGAUGUUGUUUUAGUUAAUUUGAAUUGGGUUUGUGAAAUCUUGCAUAUUUUAUGGCGCAUUUGGAUGCACUAUCGAAUCAAAUUGCAAUCUUUCCUUUA